AUGACGUCAAAAUUUCUGGUGGUCCUCAAACCGGAAAUUGUGGCGCAUCGAGUUUUGGCACAGAACUACAAGGUUUUCUACAGUAAUCUUCCGGUCAAGAAAACCCAAUUUUCAGACAAAGAUUUGAAAAAAAUCAAAAAGGAAUCUUUAAAAAUGGCUGAAAAACCUAAAAAGGUGGCCCUCUCGGAACUGCGAAAAAAUGGCAUCGAAAUCGAGGAGAUGCGUCAACUGAGAAUCACGAAUUCGCUUGCCAAAAGUCUGUAUAAACAACACGAAGGCAAAUUUUUCUAUGAUCGAUUAGUGAGACAUAUUUCAAGUGGAGAUGUGAUAGCAAUGCGAGUCAAUGGAAAUGCUCGAAAAUGCAUUGGAUCCAGUCGGCUAUGGCCACGAAUCGAUCCAUCCGAUCAACCGAUUCGACAGAAAUUUGCACUUUCCGAUGUUAGAAAUGUUGCACAUGCAAGUGAUGAGGAUGCGGCGAUGGAGGAGUUGGAAUUGUUUCGAUUGGUGGCCCUCUCGGAACUGCGAAAAAAUGGCAUCGAAAUCGAGGAGAUGCGUCAACUGAGAAUCACGAAUUCGCUUGCCAAAAGUCUGUAUAAACAACACGAAGGCAAAUUUUUCUAUGAUCGAUUAGUGAGACAUAUUUCAAGUGGAGAUGUGAUAGCAAUGCGAGUCAAUGGAAAUGCUCGAAAAUGCAUUGGAUCCAGUCGGCUAUGGCCACGAAUCGAUCCAUCCGAUCAACCGAUUCGACAGAAAUUUGCACUUUCCGAUGUUAGAAAUGUUGCACAUGCAAGUGAUGAGGAUGCGGCGAUGGAGGAGUUGGAAUUGUUUCGAUUGGCUUGA